GGUUCGAGAUACAGAAACUGCAACUAUGACAAAUUCAAUUUCCUGCGAAAACAAAAAUUGAAUGCGAAAUACGAGUAAGAAACUUGAUCACAACUCCAGGUGAAUUCCUAAUAGUGAUAAAUCAAAGAUACGCUUGAAUGGAACCAAAUUGAUAAUGUUGCACGCGGAAUGGAGGUCACGCCAUUUGUGAGGAGACGAUUGCGAGCAGACGAAAAAGUCCUGUACUGCGUUCUGGGUCGGAUCAUAGAAGACAACAUCCAAGCCGAACGGUACAUCGCAGUUGUACAGAAACAGGCAGAUACAGCGUUAUUCCUGUUUUCGUCCCGGGGAAUCCCCUGCACCAGUGAGAAUGAUUUAUCUGUAGAGGAUGUGAUCAAAAUUAACGAGGAUUUCCAUUUCCGACAAAACAAUGUCAACAGACAGUCCUCUCUGGACGAUUUUGAUCCUCUGAAAAACACUGAGCAGGUGGUCGAUCUUUUUGUGGGAGGCAAGAACAUCAGGGUACUGUUAAAAGAUCCUGUGGCAGCCAAGUCAUUAAUCACCUACCUACAGAAAGCUCAGAGUCAGCUCCCUCAAGGUGCCCCCCAGGGCCUCCCUUCCUCCUUUGCUUGGACAGACAGGUACCGCCACUCCCAGUCCGAAUGUCUAGCUGUACAGGACUUGGACAAUCCCUUUGGGAUUGACACAUUUAAACCAGAGAAGUCACAGAACCCGUUUCAAGAGGACGUUUUUGACCCACUGAAAUACAUGAAUAUUUCGGAUGGAGACAAUGUUGUGGCAACAGACCAAGUUGAGAUGAGAAGGAAGACGAGCCCAAUGGUUGAGGACAAUAUGACGGACUCCACACCCGGUCUACGUAAGGCAGAGAGUAGAGACUCCCUGGAUCUGCUAGAGGAAUACUACAAUGAGGAGGACAGCGGGGCAUUCCCCGACUCCCUGAAGAUGAUCACCAAUCAGCUGGGGAUCCCGGGGUCAGGGGUCGAGCUGGUCAACAACCUUAAGCCGACCACGGCCCGGGAACACGUGGUCAGACAUUACAUGAGGAUGAGGGAGGAAGAGUUCACCUACAAGAAAUACUACACUGUGUUUUGUGGAACUUGGAAUGUGAAUGGCCAGAGUCCUCCUAUGGCACUGAAGCACUGGUUAAACAGACUGGACACUCCACCAGAUAUAUAUGUCAUAGGAUUCCAGGAGCUAGAUCUUAGUAAUCAAGCCUAUGUGUUUAGUGACUCUGCGAAAGAAGAACAGUGGCACAACGCAGUCAGGAAGAGUCUGCCCGCAAAAGUCCGAUACAGAAAGGUGAAGCUUAUUCGUAUGGUGGGGAUCAUGUUAUUGGUGUACGUCAAGGAUUCCGUAGCACCAGAUGUUCCUCCUCAUUUUAUAGAUGCUGAUUCGGUGCCCACUGGAAUCAUGGGAAUUAUGGGUAAUAAAGGAGGGGUGGGGGUGAGGAUGACUCUACACAAUACCUCCCUGUGUUUUAUCAACACACACUUAGCAGCUCAUCAAGACGAAUACGAACGAAGAAACCAGGACUACAGAGAUGUGGAGGGUAAGAUGAGAUUUAAACAGUUCAUGCCACCAUUGACCAUAUCAGAGCAUGAUCAGAUAUUUUGGAUUGGUGAUCUGAACUACAGGAUAAAUGGGCUGGACAUUGACAAAGUGAAGACAAUGAUUGACAAGGGGAAGUACCCAGACCUCCUCAGCUAUGACCAGCUUCAUCAACAGUUAAAUAGAUCUGAUGUGUUUAAGGGCUACAGGGAAGGCCAGAUAAACUUCAAGCCCACGUAUAAAUACAACACAGGAACCAAUGAAUGGGACUCUAGUGAGAAGAACAGGAUUCCAGCCUGGUGUGACAGGAUUCUGUAUAAAGGAGAGGGGAUAGAACAACUUCACUACUCCUCCCACCCCGACCUACUUAUCAGUGACCACAAACCUGUGUCCUCCCUGUUCCAGAUAGAGGUAAAAGUGAUAGAUAAAGAAAAGUCCAAUAAGGUAUAUGAAGACGUAAUGAAAAAGCUGGACCGACUAGAAAACGACUACCUACCUCAAGUCAAGCUAGACAAAACAGAGUUCGUGUUUAAAGAUGUGAUGUUUAUAGAGAUGAGAUCAGAAAUUCUGACUGUAUGUAAUACUGGCCAGGUUCCUGUGGAGUUUGAAUUUAUAAACAAACUAGAAGAGAAGAGUUAUUGUCAACCGUGGCUCAAAAUCUCCCCCUACAAAUCUGUGAUAACCCCAGGAUCCAGUUGUGAAAUCCAUUUAGACGUGCUGGUGGAGAAGACGUGCGUAGCGGCAUUAGAUGCGUCCAAUCACGUGCUAGACGACAUCCUGGUCCUACAUCUGAAUGGUGGGAAGGACUUCUUUGUAACGGUGAAUGGCAAUUUUAUCCCAUCCAGCUUUGGUUGUUCACUAGAGGCUCUUGUCCAGAUGCAUGGACCAAUCAGAGAGACUCCUACAGCUCAGCUGAUAGAAAUAGAGCAGCCAGGCAGUCUGAUGUCCCGGGAUCUAACACAGGGAGGGAGGCUGUACGCUGUACCUAAAGAAGUCUGGAGGCUUGUCGACCAUAUCUGGCAUUACGGGAGAGACCAGAGUGAGCUGUUUAUACAGGCAGGAUUAACUAAAGAGCUACAGGCCAUCAGAGACUGUCUAGAUACGGGUGUACCUGAUAAGAUCCCUGGUAGCAUUCACUCCGUGGCCGAGGCCUUGUUACUAUUUUUAGAAUGCCUCCCUGACCCAGUUAUCCCCAGCAGGGUUUACUACAGAUGCUUAGAAUGUUCUGCCAACUACAUGGUCUGUAAACAGGUGAUUUCCCAGAUCCCAGAACACCACAAGAACCUGUUCCGCUAUUUAUGUGCGUUCUUAAGGGAACUCCUCAACCAUUCCCAGCAGAACAACCUGGACAUUAAUAUACUGUCCUCUAUAUUUGGAGAAAUCUUCCUGCGUCCCCCUCCUAACACCUUAGCCCGAUCUAUAUCCUCCCCCGCCCAGAAAGCCAGACAGAAGGAGGAGGAGAUGAAGAGAGCGGCCUUUGUGGGCCACUUUCUGGCUAACGAGUUUGAUGAAUAACAAAGCCAUACAUUAGCCAGCUGUUAUGUAGCUUAGUGAAUAGUAGGAUAUAGGAUGAUAAUGUCCUUUAGGUGCUGUGGAGCUAUUUUUGUCUUAAGGAUCUGUGAUGGAUAAUAUUGCAUUUAUGGUUUUAUGAAACACACGGAGAAUUCUGGGAUAUGUGUGAAAGUAUCGGUUGAUUAUUCAUGAUUGGAAUUAAUUUAUAGGUAUCUGCUUGGGACUUUCUUGAAAAAUGUUACAAGAGAUUAGAUAACCUUGAAGGAAAGAUUGUUGAAGAUGCUGUAUUUUACAAGACAAAAAGUUGACAAAAGAGUGUUAAAAUUAUAUUAGAAAGAAAAAGAAAUAUGCAUUUGGAUGGAAUAUACAAAACCAGCACAAAAUCAAUUCAGAAUUGUAUUUUGUGAUGCAGUGUCAGUUUUAAACCUGAUAAAUAUGCCAUUGAAUGCCCCAAACUGCUGUUAUAGAGAAGGACUUAGUGAAAUACAUAAUUAACCACCAACAAUGGCAACAUACCAAGUCUAACA